CGCGACAUCCACAGCACGGCCGCGCCGCGCCGGCCGCGACCGUGAAAUUGUUGAUGCCGGUUUCCAUGGCUUUGCUGUUGCUACAAUGUAGAUUAGAUCUAAGUCUUCCGCUUCCUGAUGAUGUGAGUAAAAGUAAAGUGACGUGAGACCCUCCAGUCCAUCAAAGAUGUCAGAGACUCCGUCCAACAUUGAGCGUCUUCCACUCGAGCAUCCUCUACCUGAUGAGAUUCAGGAGAUGACUCGAGAUAAUACGGUCUGUAAGUUCUGUGGAGUUAGUUACCUUAUCCAUCAUGAAGUCAAGAGACUAGAAAAAGAGCUAGAGCGGGUGGAAGCAGAGCUGCAGAAAUACAAGGGAUGUGAAGAGAGGGAAAGGGCGCUAAAGAUAGAAGUAGAGAAACUCAAAACAAGUUUGUCGGAAAAAGAUAAGAUCCUACAUGACAGGGAUGCAAGCAUUGAGCAUCUGAAAUCCAAUAUCAAAGUCAAGGAAGAUGAACUAUGGAAAGCCAUACAACAAGCUGAGGCAGCUCAGAGACAACUAGAAAGUGAGAAAGCUGCAAGCAACAAACUCAGAGCAUGGAGAAAGGACAUUCUGCAGAGACUGCCUAUGAUCAAAGCUAAACUCUCAGAAGAGAAGCAGACUCUAGGGAAUGUGAAGUCUGAAUUCAGUGACUAUCAACACAAGAUGGCCACCAUCAAUAAGAAAAUCACUGGCGUCAUACAGAAAGUAUGCAAGAAAGAGAAGCAAGUGGUUGAUGGCAUCCUAUCAAGAGCCACUGAAGCAGAGAAACUCUCUUCCUCUCUCCAGUCUCAACUCACUGAAGCCCGCCAACAGAUGGCAGCAAACAGCAAUCAGGGUCAAAGGUUACAAGAAGCUGAAGACAGAAUCAGGCAGAUGACAAAUCGCUGUGCUGAGCUCGAGGCUAGAGAUCAGAAAUCACAAGACGAGCUUCAGAGAGCCACAGCCGAGUUGAGAUCAGCCAAGUCAGAUAUUGUUCAGUUCAAAGAGGUUUUAAGAAAUAAGACCCAAGAAGUGGAGGACAGUCAGCGGCAGAGGGCCAAACAUGAACAGUUCCUUAGCAACAGCAUCAACAAACUUCAGGAGGAGCUGCGUUGCCGGGCGGAGGAAGCCCAAGAUUACCAGAGGGAGCUCGGGGAGCUGAAGGAGCGUGAGGCGGAGCGGAAGAGGAAGAUGGAGAGCAGUCUAAACACGAAGAUAGAGGCAUCAGCCAGAGAAUUGAGACAGCUACAAGAGGCUUUGGAUAGUGCCAGGAGGGAUUGCUCUGCAUUGAGAGAUGAAAGAGAAUCGAUGGUGGCGUCCCAUCAACAUCGGAUUGAACAACUCAAACAGAGCUUUGCUCAGAGGAUACAAGAAGCUGAUGGAUGGCCUGAAAGGUUAAAUGAAAGUUUAUCAAAGGAAAGGGAGAAACAUGCUCAGGAGAUGGCCAGUCUAGAAGAAAAACUCCAAAAAUCAUUUCAAGUGGACUUGGAGAUCCAGAAACAGAGAAACGAUGAACUGAUUUUGAAAUACAAGCAGGAACUCAGUAGUGCUGAAAAUAAGAUGAAAAACAACAUCCAGCGUGAAAGAGACUCGUUGAAAGCUAGACUAGACAGCCUAGAGAGGGAGCUAUCUGAUUCUAAGAGGUUAUCCAAUGAUCAGGAAAAGGGACUGAGAGAAGAGAUUGACAGUUUACAGAGGAUUACAACGGAACUUAGGAAACAACUUGCUGAAGGAGAUAGUCGUAAUACGGGUGAAGUUCAGGCAAUGAGAGCCGAGCUUCAGGAAGCAGAACAAGACCUGGCGUCAGCACAGAGAGAUAAACAUGAACUUCAGAAGAAAUUAGAUCAGAGCAAAGAAGAGGUUGCCUUCCUACAGGAGACCGUCCAUAGAGAGUGCGAGGAGCGGUUGGAGUUGACGGAAGCUCUGAGCAAAGCCAGGGAGCAGCUUCUUGUCCAUCAAAGGGGGACGUCCAUCGCAAACAGCACCAGCAGCGGACGAUCACACUCCCAACUCAGCCUGGGCGGUAGCGGCUCCUCGCCCCACCAGCCGACCAGCCCCAUGGGGAAUCCCCCUAGUGGGGUGAGGAGGGGCAGUGGUGGAGGAGGGGGGCAGUCAGGGGGGAGUAAGGGGGUAAGGCAAGUAGGGUCGAGUGGGAGUGGGAGCUUGAAUGACAGUAGGAAUAGGAUAGCUACGGUCCUAGGGAAGAAAGAACUUAAGAUUCAGAUUAAUCCUGGGCAGUGACGUGAGAGAUUAGUGUACUAGCCUGGGAUAGGACUGCAUGAUAUGAUGACAGUAUCAAAUUUUUGUGACUUUGAAACAUAAAUGAAUAGACUAUAUUGAGUCAAUGACAUAUUGUCUAUCACAAUGUCGUAAUAAACAAUUGAGAAGCUUUAAAGUGCCAUUGACUUGACGAAAUGGAAUGAUAUUUUAUCUUACCAAGUCAAUUUAAUAGUGUGAUUAUGUCAACAAGGCAAAAUAGACAUCUUGCCAAGUUGACAUACAGCUGUUAAUUAGUCGACUUGGCAAGAGAGUGUAUCUUGCCACGUCAACGCACAACUUUUUAUAAGUUGAGUUGGUAAGAUAUUUUAUCUUUCCAUGUCGCCAUACAACUUUUUAUAAGUCGACUUGUGUAUCUCACCAAGUUGACAUAUAACUCUUCUCUAUAUUUCAGACAAGAAAUCUGCCUUUAAAUUUUAUAAAACACAGACAUUCCAUUACUCCCAUCAAACUCAAGAGGGUUCCAGGGUAAAAUGUAAAAUAUCAUGUCAUCUAGGAUGUUGAUGUAGCCAGGGCCUUGAAAUUCUUAAUCCUUGAACGUCAUUUGGAAUAGGUGAGCCAUGGUGCUUGGAAAGAAAGAACUUAGUUUCAGGUUAAUCCUUGACUGCAAGUGCCGAUGUUGGCGUAGCCUGAUGUCAUGAAAUUCUCAAUCCUUGGAUCGUCAGUAGAAGUAGGAUGUCCAUGGUGCUAGGGAAGAAAGAACUUAAGGUUAAUCCUUGGUGCUAGGGAAGAAAGAACUGAAGGUUAAUCCUGGACAAGUGAUUAAAGAUGUUGUAGCCUGGUGUAAAGAAAUUCUUAAACCCUAAAUGAUGGUAGUAGGAUAGUCAUGAUGAAAGAAUGAACUUAAAUUCAGGUUAAUCCUUGACUGCGAGUGAGGAUGUUGGUGUAGCCUGGUUACAGCGUUAGGAGUAGGAUAGCUACGGUGCUAGGGAAGAAAGAACUUUAGAUUCAGGUUAAUUCUGGACUGUUAAUGAGGAUGUUGGUAUAGCCCAAAGCUAUAAAAUUCUCAACCCCUGAACAAUGGUAGGAGUAGCAAAGCCAUGGUGCUUGGAAAGAAAGAACUUAAGAUUAAGAUUAAUCCUGGACAAGUGAGGUAGGGUGUUGGUGUAGCCUGGUGUCAUGAAAUUCUUUAGCCCUGAACGACGUUAGGAAUAGGAAAGCCAUGGUGUUUGGAAAGAAAGAAAGAUCUAGAUUGGGCAUUGAGCUAGGUUUUCAGUGGUUGAAAUGAAGCUUUCACUUUGUUAUAUUCAAAUUGUGGAAAAUGCAGACAUUGCACUAAACAUUUGGUGUAACAGUUAUAAUAGUGAUAUCAUCAUUUGCAUAUUUGUACUUCAGCUGAUUUGAUUAAAAUGAUUCAGGGAUUAUCUCAAUAAAGAACUCAUGUUUUGGUAAAGAAUCAUGAGUUUUUGAACAUCUUUCCAUCACACAAGAAAUUUUGCCAUAGCGACAAAUUCUAAAGGAUCAAAUUGUCUAAACAUCAACAGAUGUAGUACUGACAUACUAGCCAAAUAGCUGUUGUAGUUUAAUUGUAGGUAGCAAAAAUGUGACAAGUGUGUAGUAAAAUACAGGGGCCGCGGAACGGUUUUCAAAGUGGGGGGGCUGAGCCAAAAGUGGGGGGGGCUGACCAUGCUAAAAAUCACAAUCAUAUGGUCAUUUUUACGUUUUUGUACACGGUUUUGGAAAAAAGUAGGGGGGCUGAAGCCCCCCCCCCCCCCCCGGUUCCGCGGCCCCUGAUAUACUCCCUAUUUCUUCCUCAUGCUGGGUGCUUUUCCAUUCAUAAGAAAAUUUUAAAAAUCACUAACUUUGAGCCAUUUUCAGGUAAAAUUUUGUUAUCGUGGAUUUUUUUUGUGUUAUCACAUCAACCAAAUUAUCAUUUUACAUUGAUCAAAGAGGUGCUAUUGUUUUACAAGUAAUUACGUGAGUAGCUAUAAAUUUGUCCCUUGUAUGCCUUACAUUGGUUGGAAAGAUGUUACCAUUCAUCUUCAGUUCCUU